AUGCUGUUAUUGUUAAUGUUAAUAAGCCAGACGAAUUUCGAUGGUAGUAAUUUCCUUGAUGAGGACCGCAGCUUUCAAGUUGAUCCGGAUGGAUCUAGCGAAUAUGAUGAUUUAGAAGAAAUCAAAUCAUGCGUACCAUUUUACGAUCUGAUUGAGAAGCACGUGCAAUUGAAGACCGGUAAGCGUGAUCAGGCACCGGUGACCACGUUCUCGUUGGUUGCCGCAUAUGAAUACGUUGACUACGCAGUGAUUACGAUGGAGGUAGAUCGAUGGUAUGGAAAACCUAUUUACUGCCGUUAUUUGGACAGUGGUAAGAAUGAACUGAAGCCAGCAACACUUUCGGUGGUUUUUCCUGAAUUUACCGUAUAUUGCUGCAGGAGGAAUGAUGCUUACUAUAUGAGUGUCACUGAAAGUCCUUACGAGGAUGUUAUUGAAACCGUUGCAGUCAUUGACCGGACAAUGAAGGAUCCAAAGUAUUCGCUAUCAAUGUGCGUAAAGCCAAUGUACGGAAUGGGCACGAAAUUUUUGCUUUUUACCGAAUUUAUUGAACACUACAAACUUCAAGGUGUUCAGUAUUUCUAUAUAUACGUCAAAGAUUUGGAUGAAUACACUAGAAAGCUCAUGAUGCACUAUGUGAAGAGCGGUGAAGCAGAAGUUGUGUUCUUCAGAGAGGAACAAGAUCGACCGAGUAUAGAAUGGCAUCUGGUUGGCACUCAGGGUUAUAAAACUCUCAACGACCAUCUUCCCACAUUAGUGUUCCAUAACACAUCUUCUCCUGGACCCAUUGGGCACACUGCCAAAUGUGUAAUUGACCCUGAAAAGGUAUUCUUGAUGUGGGUACAUCACGUGGAGCUAUAUUUUCCCGGAUAUGAAGGAUAUGAAGUCCCUACAAGUGAUGCGAUUAUUCGGCACUAUCGUGAUAUCAACUCAGGCGAAUGGGGCACACUUUACCUUCCUGAAGUGGAGACGUUUGGCCCAUUCAACAUCACAUUAUAUCCAUGGCGAUUUAUGACUACUCUGUACAAAAACAGAAUGCUCAAAUUCCUUCAGUACUCGUUUACGACAUCUGCGUUGAUAGCAUUAGUAGUCAUUUUUAUUAUCUACUUUCGACAGUUGCCGAAUAGGGAGUAUAGCUACGCAAAGCAUAGAGAAAGUGCAGUUCUUCAAGUAUGGUCUAAUGACACUGAGGAAGGAGAAGAAGAAGGAUUACAGGCAGUUCCUGUUAGCUAUGCCGGUUUUGUGAUGACAUGGUUUUUUUCGAGUGGGACAAAAUUGUUCUUUAAACUUUUCGAUAGCACCGAACUCAAAGAAAACGGGAGCACUCCAACAGCUGUUGCACCAUGCGUACCUAACCACUCCUUUUUGAUGCAAACCAUGACAUCAAAAAUAGGUCUAUAUACUAAAGAGCAGACAGCAAUGAAGAUCAUUGCUGCUUUCGACUACUCCAACUAUUCAGCCGUUACUACUGAAGUAGUUGGGUGGUACGGGAAAGCAAUAUAUUGUCGGUAUCUGGACGAAAACCGUCAGGAGCUUGGAGACGCUAUUCUUUCGACCGUAUUUCCCGAAUCGGUUGUGUACUGCUGCAGCAGAGAGGGAGCUGUUCAUAUGACACUCACGGAGAAGGCAGAUGAUCCAAUUAAUGAAGUAGUGCGGAUAACUGAUAGAAGAAAAGACGAUCCUAGAUAUUUUUUGUCUCUCUGUCUCUCUCCCAUAUAUGGUAAAGAAAGAAAAUGGUUAAUGCUUGCUGAGUUAUUUGAACACUACAAGUUACAAGGAGUUGAACAUUUCUACGUAUAUAUCAAAGAAAUGGACAAGUAUACCAAAAAGUUGGUUGACUACUAUGUGACUGCCGGCGAAGCUGAAGUAGUCACUUUUGUCAGCCAAGACAUAGAGAAUGUCAUUGCUACUCAGAUGGUGGGAUUUACGGGUGAGAAGACCCUGAGGGAACAUCUUCCUAUGGCAGUAUUCCACAAUAGCUCCGCAGUUCCUCCAAGAAGAAUAAUACAGAAAUGUGUUCUGGAUCCAAAACAUAUUCUGAUUCACUUUGUACAUCAAGUACGCGCAUACUAUCCUGGUUACGAAGGCUAUGAUGUGCCUUUUGAAGAUGCACAUAUCAGACACUAUCGAGCAGACAGUCAUGACAAGAAAAUGAAUUACAUGAUGGAGCGUAUUGUACGUUAUGGUCCAUUUGAGAUGACUGAAUAUCCUAAUGAUCACGUAAUGGAAUUGCGCAGAAACGUUAAAGUUCUAUCUGAAAGCCUCUCAGGCACACUAAUGGAAAAUAUGUUCUUUAAGCCUCUCGGUAGCACUCAACCCAGAGAAAACGAGAGCACUUCAACAUCUGUUGCUCCAUGCGUACCUAACCACAACUUUUUGAUGCAAACCAUGACAUCGAAAAUAGGACUUCGUGCCAGACGGCCCACUUCAAUGAUCUUCAUUGCUGCUUUCGACUACUCCAAUUAUUCAGUUAUUACUACUGAAGUAGUUGGAUGGUAUGGGAAAGCAAUAUAUUGUCGGUAUCUGGACGAAAACCGUCAGGAGCUUGGAGACGCUAUUCCUUCGACCGUAUUUCCCGAAUCGGUUGUAUACUGCUGUAGUAGAGAGGGAGCUGUUCAUAUGACACUCACAGAAAAGUCAGAUGAUCCAAUUAAUGAAGUAGUGCGGAUCACUGAUAGAAGAAACGAUGAUCCUAGAUAUUUCUUGUCUUUCUGUCUCGCGCCCAUAUUUGGUAAGGAAAGAAAAUGGUUGCUGCUUGCUGAAUUAUUUGAACACUACAAGUUACAAGGAGUUGAACAUUUCUACAUAUAUAUCAAGGAAGUAGACAACUACACCAAGAAGUUGCUUGAUUACUACGUGACAAUCGGUGAAAUUGAAAUUGUCACUUUCACGAGCAAGGAGAUAAAGGAUGUCAUCGACACUCAGUUAGUGGGAGUUGCGGAAUGCCUGCACAGGAGUCGCCACCAUUCUCGUUAUGCUUUCUUUGCUGACCUUGACGAAAGGGUGUUAACUACCCACGGACAUACGUUUAGUUCUUUUGUCAGGAACACGAUGGCAAAAGCUUCAAAUCGCGCUGCGUUACGUUUUACAUCACGCUUGGUGUUUAGAACAUCUCCAAUGCCAAAAGUCUACCAGGGCGAGAAAACCCUGAAGGAACAUCUUCCUAUGGCAGUAUUCCGCAAUAGUUCCUCAAUUUUUGCGGGAAGAAUGACAAAGAAGUGUGUUCUGGAUCCGAAACGUGUUCUCAUUCACUACAUACAUACCUCACGCGCAUAUUAUCCUGGUUACGAAAUCAAUGAUGUACCUUUUAAAAAAAUACAUAUCAGGCACUAUCGAGCAAACAACUGCGACAGGAGAAUAAAUGAUUUGAUGAAGUUCAUUGUACGUAGUGGUCCCUUUGUGAUGACCGAGUAUCCAAAUGAGCACAUGAAGGAAUUGUUCAAAAACGUUAAAGAAAAACUAGAAUUGAUAUAUAAAGGAUAG